AUGCAAUCCAUUACACAAAAAAAGCGGAUAUCAGAAACGUACAAUACUAGAUCAGUCGCUAUAAUCAUUGCCGUCUUUUCACUUAUACUUAUAGCAAUAUCUUUAAGUAUGAUUCCAUACGUUCCUGGGGAUAUUAAAUCAGAUUUUUAUAUAGCAGAAUUAGAAAAACAAAUUGAACAUUUAAAUACAAAUCAAGUUUUGAUUACCAAUUUAUCUUCAACGAUUUCCUCAAAGAAUUUAAUUUUUAUUGGUGACGUUCAUGGAUCAUUGAAUGAACUUAAGAAACUUUUAAAAAAAAUUAAAUACAAUUCAACGAACGAUCAUUUGGUAUUUGUUGGAGAUCUAGUAGCUAAAGGCCCAGAAUCAAUAGAAGUUGUUAGAUUGGUUAAAGAAUUAGGAAGUAGCUGCGUCCGCGGAAAUCACGAUGACAAAUUAAUACGAUGGAAAGGAUUUUUAGACAUAUUGAACAAAAAAAGGAUUAAGUUGAAAGAUUAUGCUAAAAAGAAUGCGCUACCACCACACCUAAAACAAGAUUUAUACGUAGUUCAUGCGGGUCUUUUACCAGAUGUACCUUUUGACCAACAGGAUCCAUAUGACAUGAUGAAUAUGAACGGAAGACCAACUAAAUCCAUAAAUAAAGGACAUUCGUGGUCUCAUUCUUGGAACAUUGCGCAGCAGUCUUCUUUGACGCCAAAAACAGUUAUAUAUGGUCAUGACGCAUCACGUGGAUUAAACAUUAAAGAAUUCACAUUUGGAUUAGAUUCGAGAUGUGUUUAUGGUGGGGAAUUAACCGCAUUGAAAUGGAAUGAAGGAAAAAGUAUUCACAGUGUUUCUUGUGCAAUAUACUGA